UCAUCUCCUCUGCCGCAUGUCCAGGCAUCUCCACUGCCGCAUGUCCAGGCAUCUCCUCUGCCGCAUGUCCAGGCAUCUCCUCUGCCGCAUGUCCAGUCAUCUCCUCUGCCGCAUGUCCAGGCAUCUCCUCUGCCGCAUGUCCAGUCAUCUCCUCUGCCGCAUGUCCAGUCAUCUCCUCUGCCACAUGUCCAGUCAUCUCCUCUGCCGCAUGUCCAGUCAUCACCUCUGCCGCAUGUCCAGUCAUCUCCUCUGCCGCAUGUCCAGUCAUCUCCUCUGCCGCAUGUCCAGUCAUCUCCUCUGCCGCAU